ACCAAACAAAUCAACAUAGGUCAGUGAUAGCAGGUGCGUAAAUAAACUAUUAACACAAUCGAGUUGAUUAUUUUCAAAAAACUCUUGUCUUCAAGCUUAUCCAGUUAAAAUAAGUGUGAUUUUAUAUCAACAAAUUUAAUAAUUUAAGUAAAAUCAGUGAAAAUUAAUCAAAUUCAUUGUCCGUGAGAAUGACGGAAUUGCAAGUGAUUUCAAAGUUAAGUGAAUCUGAACAACAACCUCCAACGGCAUUAACAUCAGUUCAUAUAAAGACUCCAAGGCGAAUAUUGCAUUUUAGUGAUGGAACAAUGGAAGAAUACAGUACAGAUGAUGAAGUGGACGGAAAAAAUAAGGAUUACAGAAAUGAUGAGAAAGGGCAAGGUCCGUCAACAAUGUUUGAUUACGUUUUAAUGGGCGGCAAUAGAGUUCUUGCCACGUGUGACUAUGUUGGUGAAAAAAUUGCCUCGGCCCUUGGAAUAACAACACCAAAGUAUAAAUAUGAGAUUGAACAGUUUAAAAAGAUCGAAAAAGAACGGAAGAAAGCGGAAGAAGAGGAAAAAUCAACAGGCGGAUGGAUGCAACAGACCCAUAAUGCACAAUGUAAACUGCCUGAAAAUGUUAACAACAAACAACCAAUCACACAAGAAAUCCUUCAGAAAUAUUAAUCUGAACGACGUGUUCCGAACGAUAAACACAACUCCAAUAUACAACACAUUUUUGGAUUAACUCUAAGCAACGAAAACACAAAGAAAAAUAUACGUUUACACAUCUCUAUUUUGUAUUGACUAUUGAAGUUCAGAAAUAGAAAUGAUCACAGUAUGUUAUGAAUAUUAAUUUAUUUUUGUAUCUACUAUGAAUGAAUCAAUUUCAGUGCCUCCGAAGUGCUUCUAUUAUAUUGCAUCUAUACUUAUAUACAUUUAUUAUCCACUAUAUACAAAGCCUGUCUAUAUA